CCAUCCUAUAAAUAAUCUGAAGAGACUUCAACGGUUUCUCCAAAAAAAAAAAACAAAAAAAAACACCUAUCAAACUUCAGAUUUUUGUAUUUUUCCCACUUUGAGUCUUAUCAAACCACUAAACGAUAUUUUCUAUGGAUAUGGUGUCAAGUCAGUGGACAAGGUCGGAGGAUAAGAUGUUCGAGCAAGCUUUGGUGCUUUUCCCUGAAGAAUCUCCCAAUCGUUGGGAGAUAAUCGCCGACCAGCUUCAGAAAUCGGCUGGUGAAGUUAAGGAGCAUUACGAGGCCUUGGUGCAUGAUGUCAUCGAGAUUGAGUCCGGCAGAGUCCAUGUCCCGUACUAUAUGGAUGACUCGGCGGGUUGGGACACGACAGGAUGGGACACGUUUGGGUCUAAACACGGAGAGAACGAACGGAAAAGAGGAACUCCUUGGUCGGAAAGCGAACACAAGCUGUUUCUGGUAGGAUUAAAGAGAUAUGGUAAAGGAGACUGGAGGAGCAUAUCGAGGAACGUGGUGGUCACGAGGACGCCUACGCAAGUCGCGAGUCAUGCUCAGAAAUAUUUUAUCAGACAGAACUCGGUGAAGAAAGAGAGGAAAAGGUCGAGCAUACACGACAUCACUACGGUCGAUACUGGCUUAGCCAUGCCUGGUUCUAACAUGGACUGGAAUCGGCAGCAGGGGAGUCCUGUUCAGCCUCAGCAGCAGCAACAUAUCAUGUCGGAAUUUGGUCAGCAAACGACUCCAGGUGGUCAUUUUGAGGAUCUAGGUUUUGGUAUGUGAUGAACCAA